GACUGCAGUUUGCCCUGUUUCUGGCUGUUUUGUAACUCCUAAUGGACGACUGGCAACUCGUUGACUUAAUACGGGAACGCCCGUGCUUGUACAACCCUAAAUACCCUCAGUAUAAAGACGUUAAUGUCAGGGAUGACGUCUGGAUGGAAAUUGCAGGGUUGAUGAGACAACCAGUGGAAGAGUGUAAAUACCGCUGGAAAAACAUCAGAGAUACAUUUAUGAGGCGUAAAAGAAAUAAACUGCUGAAAGGAGCCUCACGAACACGAAAAUCAAGAAAAUGGUGCCUGGAGACACACCUCGAAUUCCUCGACCAAAUUGAGUAUCAAAGAGAGCUUUCUGCAGACAUGACUACAACUGACACUGAAGCUGAUCUGAAAUACGAAAACCAUCAAACUGAGGCUGGAGGAAUGGUGGUAGGUGUAAUAACUGAAGCCUCGGAAACUUCUGCUGAUACCAGCAGUGUUGAUGCUGACAUUAAUGAAGCUUCAGCUGAACGUCAAGUCGAACAGUGUUAUGGUAAUGAUCAACAGACUACUGACAAGCAGAAACAGACAACAACGAGAUCCGUGGAUAAUAUCACUGAAUUUUCCAUAAGAAAUUCCGCAGAAAGAUCGAAAUUGCUGAGUUCAGUUGUCGGCAAGGGAACCGAGGAAAACGAAAUUGACACGUUUUUCAAAAGCAUGGCGAUAUCUGUUAAGAAACUGUCUCCAGCAAAUCAAAUUCGUGCCAAAAUACAAAUCUGUAAUAUCGUUGGUCAACUCGAGUUGGACGAAAUCUCUUCUGGAAAUUCGAGUGCUUCAGUGUCAAGAAAUUACGAUCGACAUAUGCCCAGACUAACUUCAUCUAUGUCUGCCGCUCCAGAUACGGCGUCAGCGGGCCAUCCUGAUAAUAAGUUACACUUCAUGACAAAUGUGCCUGGACAUAAUGUUGAUUGAAUGAUCUUUCCGUGGUUUGCUACCUAGAAGCUAAAGCA